AUGCCCGUGCGGGAGAUGGCGGUGAGUCCUGUCAAGUCCCUGUACUGGGAGCAGUUCCCCCCAAUGUCACAGCGCAGGGUGUAUUGCACCCCCGUCUACCACGACGGCCUGCUCUACGUGAUGGGGGGCUGCAGUGAGACCGGCGUGCCUCUGGACAGCGCCGAGGUGCUGGACAUCGAGAGCCAGACGUGGAGCCAGCUGCCGCCGCUGCUCAGCGCUCGUGCAGGGGCUUCGGCCGUGGUGCUGAGAGGCCAGGUGCUGGUGCUGGGGGGCAUGGACCACCAGCAGACCCCGAUGGCCUCCGUGGAGGUGUACAACGCUGACGAGGGCAAGUGGGAGACGAGGGCCAGCCUGGGUCAGCCGUCCAUGGGCGUCACCGCUCUGGAGAAAGAUGGGAAGGUGUAUGCACUGGGGGGCAUGGGGACGGACACCACCCCCCAGGCCUUGGUGAGGGUCUACGAGGCAGAGAUGGACCAGUGGCAGCCUCUCACCUCCAUGCCGACGCCGCGUUAUGGAGCGACGCCCUUCCUCCGGGGAAACAAGAUCUACGUGAUGGGUGGUCGCCAGGGAAAGAUGCCGGUGACAGCGUUGGAGGCCCUUGACCUUGAGGUAAAGAGCUGGACACGCUACCCCUGCAUCCCAAGCCGACGAGCCUUCUCCUGUUGUGUUGCUACCGAACGGACCCUCUUCAGCAUGGGCGGUCUCCAGCAGCCGGGCCCUCAUAACUUCUACUCCAGGCCCCACUUUGUCAGCACUGUGGAGGAAUAUGAUCUGGAACAGGGUGUGUGGCUCAAACCCACUCGUGCAUCCAGGAUGCGGGAGAAGAGGGCUGACUUCGUCACAGGCUGCCUGGGAGGAAGGGUAAUCGCUGCAGGUGGCCUAGGUAAUGAGCCAUCACCCUUGGGUUCGGUGGAGAGCUACAACCCAGUGAAGCGUCGCUGGGAGUGUGUGGUACCCAUGCCCACCGCCCGCUGCUCCUCUGCAGCCCUGCAGACUACAAACAUGCUCUUUCUCAUCGGCGGUGUAGCCCAAGGACCCAGUAAUGCUGUGGAAGCCCUUUGCUGGCAAGAGACUGUGUGACACAUACCCACA